CCCAGCUAUACAACCUCCGCUCCUCCUCCCGUCCUCGUUCACUCCGCAGCCGAAUUCCCCCCGUCUCCACCGCUCAGUCCCCCGGACCGCCGGACCUCUCCUCGCCUUUCCAUGGCUGCCGCAGCACUGAGGGUCCAGCUGAACGCCCAUAUGGCCGGCAUGUACACCGAGGGUGUGGUGGACGAGGACACGUUCGAGGCGCUGCGGGAGGACGGCAGUGCCGUCGAGGUCGCCCGCCUCUUCAUCAAUGACGCCUACGAGAUCGUCGACGACAUCGACACCCUGAUGGAGCAGCCCGAAGUGGACUUUGACGAGGUGGAAGCCCUGACACAGCAGCUCAUGCGGUGCACCUCCAGUGUUGGUGCACAGCAAGUGAACCUCGCCUGCAUGCACUUCAGCAAUUUCUAUGCCAUAAAAUAUAAAGGAGGGUGCCUCGUGUCAUUGGCUCUUGUUAGGAAUGAGUUCUUUAUUGUGCGACAUGAGUUGGAGGUCAUGAUCAAGCUCGAAGAGCAGAUCGCGGCAUGUGGUCCUAACUCUUAAGUAGCGGCAAGUGAAGGGGGAAGAGCGUGGCCCCAUGCAAUCCCUUGCAUUGUGGUGUCCAUGUGUUUCCAAGGAUGGAGCGCUUUUCGAAGGGUGUCUGGAACUAGGGGGUGCGCGUAAAACUUAAAUGAAUAUUCUCGCGUUGGAACUUUGGGCUCGUAAUCCCGUGAACGAAAAUUGUUGUCUUGUGUUGAUGUCAGUUUGUCAAGUCCAUAUUCAUUUUUCUGAGAGGAAUCAAGUCCAUAUUCUAGUGUAUCGUGGAUGUGUUGCCGCCCCGCCUACAGGCUGUGUAUAAAACCUAUACCUGGUUUGUUGGUCCUCUAGUGACUAUGUUUUUUUGUAUGUUGUGUUCAUUUUUCUCUAUAAGAAAGUCUUGUUGUUGGUUGUUGUA